UUUUUUUUUUUUUUAAAAAAAAAAAUGUCUCAACUAACGUAUCAAGUAAAUUUAUCUAAUUCACUUGAAAUAAAAGAAAAUUAUUAUAGCCCAGUUUUUAGUACAUAUAAUAAUAUGUUUUGGCAACUAUUAUUUCAAUCUGAAGAUGAAUCUUAUGGACUUUAUUUAAAACCAGUUGCGGGUCCAGACGAAAUUACUUGGAGAGGACGUUUAAAAUUAUCUUAUAAAAUAUUUAUAAAAGAAAUUAAAGAUAAUCGCACCACUGAACUUUGUAAUAGUAACCUUGUUAUACCUCCUGAUACGAAGAUAAUAUACGGUUUUGGAUGUUCAAAAGUAUUUAAAAAAUCGGUACUUCAAAAUGGAGAAUUGAUAAUUGGAGUCACAAUUAAAAAUCUUGAAUAUAAAGAAGGAGGAUUUUCUAAAGCCUAUUCUCCUAAAUCUAUUCCAAAAAAUCUUAUUGAUGCAUGGAAAGAUCAAUUAUUUGAUUAUCAACCGGCUGAUGUGGAAUUUAAUGUGCAAGGUGAAAAAUUCUAUGCAUGUAGCUCAAUACUUUCUAAAAGAUCCGAAUAUUUUGCGAAAAUUUUAUCAGGACAAUGGUCUGAAUCAACAGUCGUUCAAGGAGAAAAUGAUGAUAAUAAUGAAAAUGAUGGUAAUGAUAACGUUACAAAUGAUUCAAAGAUACAAUUAAAGAAUAAUUUAACAAAAAAUAAUGAAAUAUCAACACAUCAAAUAAAACAUCGUAUUGAAAUUUAUGAAUAUGAUUCAAUUACAUUUUCUUCCAUGCUUGAAUAUCUUUACACAAAUCAAGUUAUAUGGACAAAUAAAGAUAAUGAUUCUAUUGCUGUAGGAUUAUUUCGAUUAGCGGAUCAAUAUCUUUUAUCAGAUCUUCGAGAACGAGCUAAAAUCAGGAUUUUAAAUGAAUUAAAUCUUUCUAAUGUAUCAGAAAUUAUGUUUAAUUUGGCUUCAAGAUAUGAAGAUUUAAAGGGUCCAGUUUUAAAAUUUAUGGCUAAAAAUUUUGAAGAAAUUAAUAAUUCUCAAGAAUUUAAAAAUGUUUUGGCAAAUUUAGUAAAUUAUCCAAAUUAUAACGUGGUUUUGUCGGAAAUUUGGGCAGAAUAUUUCAAAAUUCAAAGAGUUAAAUAGUUUUUAUCCUUGAUUAGCAUUUCGUCCGUGCCUCUUUUGAAAGCUUUAAUUAAUUAUAGCUAAAAAUUCAAUGUAUAAUGCUAGUACUCAUUGUUUGUUUUAUGAAUAAAAUUAGAUAUAGAAAUAGAUAUAUAGAUAUUAUAGUGUCCGUAUUUGUAUUGUCUUAUGGCGGUAAUUAAACUAAUAGAUAACACUAUAUUUGCAAUUCAAUUCUUAUAUAAAACGAAAUUAGUCAUGUAACAAAUUCUAUUAUAGCGGAUCUAUAUAAUGAAAUAUUUUCGGUUUAUUGUCUCAACCGACUUCAAGUUUGACAUAUUAAGUAAAUUUAUUUAAAUAAAGCUUUGGCAAUUAUC